UUGCAGCCCUAACGUUGUGACAAUUCAAAACAAAUUUUUUGAGGACUUGCUUAAGGUAUAGGAAAGAUACAAAAAUAAAGGAUAACAGCUAUGUUGACAGACACUGACGAUGAUUUCUUCUUUGAGGAGGAUAAAAUAAAUAGGCCAGCAGCAGGUGGGACUGAUAUUGGGCUAAAGCUCGAUAAUGAUUCAGCCAUAUUAAUACAAAUUGAGGAGAACUCUUGGGUGGCCAAGGAGCAACCGAAAGAGGAGGAAAUAAAAUCCAUUGAUGCCAACAUCCGACAAUCUAACGAUAUUGAAGCUACUGUUGUCCUGGGUCCAACGGUGACGACUUCAUCAAUGGGCGAGCAGCUAAAUAGACAAAAAAAUGAGUUAGAUCGUUUGGGAAUGACAGUUACCACCAAUGCGGUGGUCAUACACAAGGAUCAAAGUAAUUUAAUCGGCAUCAGCAUUGGAGGUGGAGCACCCAUGUGCCCUUGUCUAUAUAUUGUACAGGUCUUUGAUGGCACUCCGGCAGCUCGUGAAGGAUCUCUGCAAUCGGGUGAUGAACUGCUGGCCGUCAAUUCGGUCAGUGUCAAGGGAAAAACAAAAGUUGAAGUUGCCAAAAUGAUACAAACAGCCACAGAUGAAGUCACGGUGCAUUAUAAUAAACUCCAUGCAGAUCCAGAACAGGGCAAAUCUUUGGAUAUCAUCUUAAAGAAACUGAAACAUCGCAUAGUGGACAAUUUAUCAAGCAAUACGGCGGAUACUCUGGGUCUAUCGAGAGCCAUUUUAUGCAAUGAUUCGUUGGUAAAACGUUUGGAAGAACUCGAGGGCACCGAACUAAUGUACAAAGGAUUAGUUGAACAUGCUAGACGCAUGCUGAAAGCGUAUUACGAUCUCCUUCAGACAUACAAAUCAUUUGGCGAUUGCUUCACACAGAUUUCAGCCCAUGAACCCCAGCAGAGGGCAUCGGAGGCAUUUCGUACAUUUGGUGAAUUUCAUCGAACAUUGGAGAAAGAUGGUUUGGGCAUUAUUAAACAAAUAAAGCCUGUUUUAAGUGAUUUGGGUACCUAUUUAAACAAGGCCAUACCGGAUACCAAGCUCACGGUGCGUCGUUAUGCUGAUGCCAAAUUUACAUAUCUUUCGUAUUGCCUGAAAGUCAAGGAAAUGGACGAUGAAGAACAUGGAUUUGCGGCCCUGCAAGAGCCUCUGUAUCGCGUGGAGACCGGGAACUAUGAGUAUCGUUUAAUCCUGCGCUGUCGUCAGGAUGCACGAAGUAAAUUUGCCAAAUUACGCACCGAUGUGUUGGAAAAAAUGGAAUUACUUGAAUGCAAACAUGCCAUGGAUCUGAAUAAACAAUUGCGUAGUCUUCUCGAAAGUCUGGCUGAGCUUCAUAGAAAUCUGGUCGAACGUCUGGAUUCACUGCCUCCACUGUUUCCCAUUGAGGUGGAUUUCAAGGAAACUGAUUUUCAAUACAAAUCGAGCACUUUAAAGCCGCAAGAACUCGAUGAUGAUGAGAUCGAAGCAAAUGCUCAUUCCAUGCGCGGAUCCAAUUCAAUUGUCUAUGGCAUGGAAGCUAAUGAAGAGCAACCGGCGGCAAUAAUCACUGUGGAACCCAAAAAAGAUGAUCUGGAACAAAAUCUAGAGAGUUCUCAAGCAGAAUCAAAUGAAUUACUUCUGAAAGAAUUGGGUUUAUUCGAUGUAAAUCUAUUGGCAAAUCCCCAAACGAUAAGCAAUCAAAAGAUUGCAAUAUCAGCUCAAAAUGAUGGCUAUGAUUUCGAUCUGUUUCUAAAUCAGGCCAAUCAAGGUGGCACAAGUCUGGAAAGAGAUUUAAUGUCUUCGAAUAAUGAAGAAACCGAUUUGCUAUUACAAUAGAUAAUAAAUAUUAUAUGUUUCUGUUUUCUUGUA